AUGAAAACAACGGUAGUGAAUAAGACAAAGGAUUAUAACGUCGAGACAAAUUAUAAAGUGAGAAUUCCUGUCCCCAAAUACCCCACAAUAGUUCAGGCAAUCACCGCAAGAGGACCUAUCGUACAAUUCACUGGAAUCACCGACAAGAUUUUUAAUUAUGUGGGAAACACACAAGUCUCCGACGAAAUCAACUUCGAUCGGUGCCAAUUCACUCCACAAAAUAUCAUAGUUGGGUAUCUGAAUUCCAACGACGUAUACUUCGAUUGGGUCGUGGCUUCAGUCCCAAGCGUCCAAGUGUUGUUCCCAGAAACGCCCAUUCAAAACAAUCAAACAACUUUCGACGAAAAUGGGAACGCGGUUAUCUCGUUGAGGUAUCGGGUUCCAUUCAAGCAGGUCUACUUCUUCGACACGUUCAAUUGUUUUGUAUCAUCUGAGAGUAAAUUCACAUUAGAAGAAGUCAAAAUUAAUUUUAUGAAAAACGACUCUUCUCAAGAAUACACUGAGUCCUCUUGCGAAAAUUACAGCUCCAACAAAACAUAUCAUCAAGAAAAUAAUCAUUUUUUCAUGAACUACACUUUAGGUCUUAAAGUGUCACGAUGUGGGUCGUUUUUUAAUAAUUACGUGCUCCGCUUUAAAGGUGUUCCAGGGACUAUUCUAAGUCUUGAGUCGAUUUUCUUGGAUGAAAAUAAUUAUAAAGAAGGGCUCAAAUUGUGUCCACUUGGGUCCUAUCAAUGUGGGACUGCGUCAUGCAAUCCACAAGAAGACAGCCCAGACGAUGGGGGUGUUGUCGCAUUUCGGAAGGGGUGUGUUCCAAAUUGUGGGGUAUGUCCUUUUAACAACGUUUGCACAACAUCAGGAAAAUGUAUUCUUAAAGAAAAUAAGAACCAGAGGAGUGCAACUUACCCUUUAUACUAUUUCCUCGCACUGACUGUUUUAUUGAUUUUAUGA